AUGGCGCUAUGGAUGGAGCCGGGCUCUGAACCAAAGACUGAGAGCGAAUUAAUAGACAUUGAAGGCAUAAACGCCCUCAAAGAAUCUGCUGCAAUAGAACUCAAGGAACAAGGUAAUGAGUAUGUGAAGAAGGGGAAAAAGCACUAUUCGGAUGCUGUUGAUUGUUACACCAGGGCUAUAAACCAGAAGAUUUUAAGCGAUGCAGAUCAGUCGAUUCUCUAUUCUAAUAGAGCCCAUGUCAAUUUGCUCCUGGGAAAUAAUAGACGUGCACUCCAGGAUGCUGAGGAGGCAAUUAAACUGUGUCCAACUAAUGUGAAGGCAUUUUAUCGGGCAGUCAAAGCAUCUCUGUCUUUGAAUUUGUUGACUGAAGCAAGCUCAUAUUGUGACAAAGGGCUUGAACAGUCUCCUGAGAAUGCCGAGUUGAAGAAGUUAGCUAGUCAAAUUGAUCUGAAAAAGUCCGAGCAUGAACGCCGUGAAGCUGAAGUUGCCAAGGCUGUGGCUGGCAUCAAGGAUCUUAUCACUGCCUUUGAAGAAAGAAACAUAAAGAUGGGGAAGGCUCUGUAUCAAGAGCUCACUGGAAAGAAAAAGCCAGUUUUGGACCGCAACAAUAUCCUUCACUGGCCUGUCCUUCUCCUUUAUGCAGAACUUCCAAACAUCUUUUCAGAAAGUUCACCUUUGCCUUGGGAUGACGACCAUGUUUAUACACGUGAUGCGGUUGAGAUAUACUAUGAGGCUAGCCAUGAAAUUUGUUUAUCGAAGGGAGAAAUUUUUCGCUAUCUCUCUGAUGGAACAGCUGCCGCAAAUCUUGAAAAGAUUGAGGGAUUUGAUGAUAAAUCGACAAACAGUACUACUGCAGGUGGCAGUUCAAGGUGGAUCAAAGUGGAUGAAAGGAGACGUCUGUAUGAUGUUCUGAAAGAGCCAAAUUUUAUUGUCUCUGGCAUUCCUGUGUUUUUUGUUGUUUCAAAGAAGUCCAGCUUCUACAAGAAGUUCAAAUCUGGGAACUGGGCUCCCCCAGAGAUUGCCUGA